AACGCCAUGUCGCCAAAUCUAAAUGUCGGCUGUCGAAAUCGUUUCCACGAAAAUUUUUCAAUCGCUUGUUGAAAAGUGAAUGUACUCUUGGAUUUAAAAACCGUGAAUAUUUUAAAAUGUCACUAUUUAAGAAACCAAAGAAAAAUUUGCGUCAAAGAACAGCAACAAGUGAUGAAGAAGAUGGAGAUAACCAUGCACAAUCAAUUAAUAAGGUCGAUGGUGUCCCAUCUUCGGCAUCCGGCAACAACAAACCAUCGGGGAAACCGCCAAAAGCAGCUUCGUUGGAAAUAAAAAAGAAGACGAGUAUUCUUAGCUUUCAGGAAGACUUGGAAGAAGAUGAGGGGGUCGAGACAUUCCAGAUCAAGAAAUCUUCCCAGAGUAGAAGAAUUGCUAAACGAAUGGAGAGGGACCGGAAAUUGAAGGAGCAGGAGCAGAAAACCAUUGUGAAGCCGGUGGAAAUUGUUCAAGAAGAAAAACAGACACAGCCUGAAAAUCAUCCACCCAAACCUGAACAACCAAAGAACCUCAUCCUGAGUGGACGUGAAGCAGAGAUGGCUGGAUAUCGAUCAGAUUCAGAAGAAGAAAGUGCUGAUGAGGGCGUCAAAUUUAGACGACCUGACCCGUUCAGGAAUGUCCUGGAAAAUGGUGCCAUCCCAGAUGCAGCGAUGAUUCAUGCGGCUAGAAAGCAUCGUCAACAAGCUAGAGAGCUUGGUGGUCUGGCUGAUUACAUUAAAGUGGAUGAAAUGCCGGACUACGAAAAAGAUUCCCAGCAGACCUCAUCAGUCACAUCCGCGAGACUCGUGCGGGAAGACGAAAACGAUAAGAGCGAUGAAGACGAGGCUGAAGAUGGAAGAAUGGGUUUUGCUGUUGAUCUGUUGACCAAAGACAAGCAAGAGAGAAGAGAAGCAUUUUUAGCAGCCGAACGAGAAGAUGACGAAGAAGAAAGCGACGACGAAGACGAUUGGGAAAAGCAGCAAUUCCAGAAAGCCAUUCGUCAGCGCCAGGUUGAGUCAGCUUACCAAGAAAUGACUCUCCAACAUAAAUACAUCGAUGAAGGGCCUUCAACUUCUUCCAGGUCACUGGUCAAAGAAAAAAUUACGAAAGGACCUUUGGCCCAUGGUCUUCCAACCAAAACUACCUUAUCAGCUCCAGAUCUGAGUAAACUAGCCCCACUGCCCACACCUUUAGAGUUGAAAGAAAAGCUCCGUGAACGUUUGUCUGGAUUGGAUGAAGUUCACAGACGGCAUGUUAGUGAUAUGGAACGAAUGGAAUCGGAUCUUUCUCAAUGUCGAUUGGAAGUGCAACGUCUCGAGACAGAACGGCCUCAAUUAUCCGAGAGAUAUCACUAUUUCCAAGUCACUCGCGGUUACGUUCACGAUCUAGCCGACUGCCUCACAACUAAGUACUAUGAAGUGGAAACUUUGGAAAAGCGUUGGGUUGCACAGCUUGGUCGGCGGUAUCGUUAUUUGGCGGAACGACGGCGCGAAGAUGUUCGUGACGAAGCCAGUGACUGUGCCAUUCAGUCUGUGAUCGUGCAAUCUAUUAAUCCUGAUAAACUUGCUCGAACGGCGGAGCGCGAAGCUCGUCGAAGGCGUCGACGCAACAGUCGCAAAGACUCGGCUAAGCACAAGGAAGGACUUUCGUCCGACGAUGAAGUUGUUGAAAAAGAGGCAACGUUAUUCAGCGUGGAGAAAGACAAAAUCCUAGAAGAAUCCGGUCGAUUGUUUGAUGACACUUUGGAUGAGUUUUGCUCAAUCGAAACGAUCACUCAGCGGUUUGACGAGUGGCGUACUCGUGAGAAUGAUUCUUACAACAACGCGUACGUUGACUUAUUCCUGCCUCGCCUUGCUGGCUGCAUCGUGCGUUGGCACCUGCUACAGGCCUUGUGGAAUCCUCUCGAGCAUGAAGUGACACUGAUCAAUAAAACCAAGUGGUUCCAGACGAUAACCCAGUAUGAUAUGCGGUCGGAAAUCAAGGAAAAGAAUCAGAAUCCGUUGAUCAUUUCAAAAACGAUUGAAUUGUCCGUUGUUCCUUACGUCGUCGAGGUUGUAAAAGCGGCAUACGACCCCUGCUCCACAAGUCAAACAAAUCGUUUAGUCAAACUGGUGAAGACUUUAACUGAAGAGCAUCCCAUUCUCGCUGGCCACAAAACUAUUCAAUCCUUAUUGUCUGCCGCUGUUGAAAAAUUCGAAGGUGCUGUGGAUCAGGAUGUGUUUAUUCCUUUCCACUUUGCGGCUCAGAAUCCUGGAUUCGUUAACCGCCAAUUCUGGUCAGCUGCUAAACUUUUACGAAACAUUCUUCAUUGGCAGACUGUGAUUGAUGACUCGCAAUUGCGAAGCGUUGCCAUUGACAAGCUUUUCAAAAAGUACAUGCUUCUACCUUUGACGAAAACGACCAUUCGAGGCAACGCUAGCGAUCCCGACACCUUGGACAAAAUACGGUUUAUCGCCGAGUCAUUGCCGAAGAAUUGGUUAGGACCUAUGGCGCCGGGCGCAUCUCAACUUCAACCACUAAUCGACACAACCAUGUCGUUGGCUUCAAAUGCCGACAGUACGACUAGUGCCGGUCGGAAACAUGUAAAAGACGUCGCUGCUGUACUUCAGAAACUUGGUGCUGCAGCCGAAGCCCAGGAGAUUCUCGUAAAAUACUUGUAAUGUUUUUAAUAUGUUGCAUUGUUGAUUGUUUGUUUCCCCCAAUCAGCCUUCACGUUGAAAAAUAGAAAAAAAAAACGCCUUCGUCAAUUUACAAA